UUUUGACAUUAAAAAAUAAUUGUUGCAAACUUUUAAUUGAUUAAUAGUAAGUUUAUUUAUUGUACAUCUCAUCUGUAUAUAUUUUGGCAGAAAUCAACAAAUUGAAAGGCUGAAUCGUAAGAUCUCCAACAUCGCGUACUUCAUUAUAUUUACAUAUAUACAAUGGGAGAAGUAAAUGCUGAAUCUGAGAUGUCUGAAGCCUUGUCAGGUAUAGUUAUGGAUGAUGUGCUUAGUAGGCAUCGCCGAGAACGAAAAGAUUUACAGGCCAAAAUACAGGCCUUAAAAAAGUCUGCACCAAAGAAUGAUAAAAAGAAGCGCAAAGAGAUAAUGGAGGAGGUUGCUCGCAUGGAGAGCGACUUGGAGAAAAGGCAAGCCUCUGAAUUAGUCGAGGUAAAAAAGGAGCAACAAACCCAAGAACAAAAUGAACACCAAAACGGGAAUACAAAUGAGAAACCACAAAACUUCGAUGACGCAUUGUGCAAUGGUGAUGAUGAAGAAGAUGCCACUGAUACUACCCAACGUGUUACUAAAGCACAAAAACGACGUGAUAAGAAAGCGCGUGAAGCCCGACAAAAAGAGGAAGAUAUACGGAUUGCUGCUGAGGAAGCAAAGUUCGCACCAAAAGCUAUCGAAAGGCGUGCUAUACAAUCGAAACUGUUAGAACGACAAUUAACUCUACAUUAUAUUCCUUCCGAUGGUAAUUGUCUCUACAAUGCGGUACGGCAUCAGCUAGCUCAAAAGGAGUUACCUACAUACAGCGUGCAAGAACUGCGCAAGGAAACUGCUAACUAUAUACGCGCUCAUAAAGAUUCAUUGAUUUGUUAUAUGACUAAUCCGAAAACUGGCUUACUGCUUACUGAUGCAGAAUUUGAAAACUACUGCGAACUAUUGCAUACUACACCAGCUUGGGGAGGACAAAUUGAACUAAAAGCCUUAUCCUCCAUACUUAAAGUACCCAUUGAAGUGCUACAGGCAGAAGGACCACCGACUCUACAAGGGGCUGACGAAUUUGCUGGGCCUAGUCUAUUAAUAACGUACCACCGCCAUAUGUACAGUCUGGGUGAACAUUACAAUUCUACUGUGCCAAUCGUACAAGUCUGAAAACCUAAAACUAAUGAGUGAAAUUAAUUAUCGUUUCCCUUUAUUUGUAAAACAAAAAAUUAACAUUGCUAUCCAAAAAUACUUAAAACUGUUCUUUUUUUAACAAUUUCUCUUGUGUAUUUUUUGCAACAGUAGUGUAAUAAAUCAGACUUUUCCGAGUUUCCCAUUCUGAAACCUCAAAAUAAUCUGUAAAUAAGUAAAAAAAUAUUUUUUUAUGUUCAACUCAAAUUUACAUAAUAAAAACGUUUAUUUUACAUUAAAAUAAUUAAUAAGUUGUUAAUAAAAUUAACGAUUUACUUUAAGUUUA